UCAUCUCUCUCUCUCUCUCUCUCUCUCUUUCUGCUUAACCCUAGCCCUUGUUUCUGUCUCCCAUAUAAACCCCCUUCUCCGUCCCGUACUUCCAAUCCAUCGCCUUCACCUAUACAGAUACAGAUGCAUUCUUUCACAUCUCUCUCUCUCUCUCUCUACCUCAAAUACACACCCAAAUACAGGACAUACUAGGAACAGUUGCCUGCAAAUAUAUAUAUAUGUAAAAUAUCCGGUAAUCCAUAUAGUGUAUCUUCCCGUUCUUUUUUCCCUCUCUGGGCCUGGAAUUCACAGAGCUCGGGGAUUUUCCACUUUUUCCGGUCAUGACCAGGAGAAUGAGGAUUGAGGAGCAGGCAGCUGGCCGGAAAGGGAAGGAGCGGGGCGAAUUAUCAAGUAAUACGAGCAGUAGCAAGAGAAGCCGCCACCCGCCGAGGAAAAUCAGGCCGAUUCAGAGGCUGUAUGAAGUUUGCAAGGAAGUGUUUGCGUCGGGUGGGCCUGGCAUUGUCCCACCCGACGCCGACGUCGAACGCAUAAAAGCGGUGUUAGAUGGGAUGACUGGAACGAAUGUUGGUCUGAACCCAGAUAUGCCAGUUUUCAGCAAGACACUGAAUCAGCGUGCUAUUAUAACUUACCUCCAAGUCUAUGAAUGUGACAAAUUCUCGAUUGUACUCUUCUGCUUGCCCCCAACAGCCGUCAUUCCACUGCAUAACCAUCCAGGGAUGACCGUGUUUAGCAAGCUUCUAUUCGGCAGCAUGCGCAUCAAGUCCUAUGACUGGGAAGUGGAUGUCUCUUCUGAAGUGCAGCCUUCUUCCGGUGCGCGGCUGGCCAAGGUGAAGGUAGACUCCGAUUUCACUGCUCCUUGCAAUACGUCCAUCCUCUAUCCAGCCGACGGCGGAAACCUCCACUGUUUCACUGCCCUGACAUCAUGCGCAGUGCUCGAUGUGCUCGGCCCCCCUUACUCCAAUCCCGAUGGCAGGGACUGCACUUACUACUAUGACUUCCCCUUCUCCAAAUUCCCAGCUGAUGGAGUGGCCGUGCCGGAAGAGGGUAAGGAGCAGUAUGCGUGGCUCAAAGAGAGGGAGAUGAAGGCUGCAGACUUGCCCGUGGUUACAAAUCAGUACAUAGGCCCCAAGCCCAAGAUCAAGACUGCCAACAAGUGAAGUUGAUAUUACGAAUACUAUUAGUUAAUACCACCCGUUCUUCACAGUGUUCGAUCGAAGUUUCAGUUCUAUUUAUAUAUGUUGGUAAAAUGUUUGGAGCUUUAUUUGUUCUAAAUAAUAGAAUCAAUUAGUAUGUAAAUAAACAGUCUUUAUUUUUAGUGUAAGAAAGGAGGGAAAGAACAAAGAGAGAAAACAAGUGAGAUCCGCCGGCUAGUACUAUGCACAUGUUCGACAGAAAAUGCUAUAUAAUACAGUGCCCAUUUCGUUCUCUUA